UCCAAAAACGUCAAUCUGGUGUAAUCAAUGUAAUCUUGCUAAUAGCCCAUAUAUUGAGAUUGAAAGGAUUAAGGAGCAACACGAUGAUAGAAGAGAGAUUCAAGGGAUAAUAGGAUCGAAAUUUUAUGCACAUUACAUUCGAGAAGAAAGUAUGAUGUAGAAGUAAAGGGAAAAUGACGGAUUGAUUGGAGUGUUUGUUCCUCUGAUAGCAAUUUGCUAUUACUACAGAUCUAAAUAUCGAUUCACGAAGAGCUAUCGUUGUCAAGUUUGAACGAAACGACUAGAUAUAAAUAUCAGUUGAAACACGAUCGCAACUUAUAUAAUAAUUGAGCAGCAAAAUUGAUUAUUCGUGAUUGUGAAUUCAACGUCCAGAAAGAGGAAACGUCAGGAAACGCGAGUGAAGCUCCGUCAGUCGUUACAGUUGCACAGAUCACAAUUGAUGGUAAUCAUCUUGUUAUUACGCGGGACAUAAAAUACAACUCGUGAAUUAUAUCUGUGGUUAAUCGACUCCUCCCGCGUCCCCCGCGAAUUACAAUCGAAAUAUAAAUCGACGUCCGUUAACGACAUACUUUCUACUCGAUAUCGUCGGAAAGACAAUAGAGACAAAGGGGCCAUCACGCUGUAAUGGUUUUGGUUUCAUUCAGUGGACGAUAUACGACCAAAGCUAUCAGAAUUCUUGAUGGUAACGUGGUGCUCGAUAAUCGUGGCUCGAUCAGAAAUUACGGAGAGCGAUCAGGAGACGUUGCUGAAGAGUGCCGCGGAACAGCUAGAGCGAUUAGCACCGUAUCGAAGAACCGCGGAAGAUCGAGAAUCCGAAUUCUUAAGUUUGUUGGAGACAUGGAAGUCUUCCGUGGAUCAUAAUCAGUUAGAUGGGACGAAAAGCGAUGCAGAUCAGAAUGUGUCUUGGGAGAUGUCUGAGGCUCUGCCUGAACAAACGGAAGCGGACGCGACAAAGCGGACUGACGACGAUAAACUGAUAAUCGACGUUAUUGCCGAUCCGAGAUACGCCGCGCUGAUGCAGGACAGGAUAAAGAGAGGUUUCGAUCUCGGAUCCGCCGGUCUUUUAACCAGCAUAGCAGGUGGAGUGUUAUCUGGAGUCGCGAGUGCAUCAAGUGGAUCCGCGGCGAAAGCAUCAGCGGGUAGCAGCGAAUCGGCGUACAAACCGGUAUACGGUGCACCUACGGUGGAACAUCAUGCUUAUUCGUACGAGGAGAAGCCACUCAGCACAUGGGACUUCAAAAAGGCGAUUUUUAGCACGUUGUUCCAAGCUCUCAAGGCAAUAAGUGGCGGUGUGUUGGCUCUCAAAGGACAACUAGUAAAAGGAGGUGGCUACCUACUAUCGGGCAAAGGCAAAGUUGUCGCUAAAGCAGGGGAUGCUAUCACGUCCUUCGGUAAACACCUGGUGGCCAGCACGCAAUCGAAACCUUAUCCAGAACCUUACUAUGGUCAUCCACCGGUUCAACAUAUAGGACAUGAACAUAGUUAUUCAGGGGCACCGCCAAGUGAUUUUUCCGAAGUGCCCGGUGACUUUUCUGCACACGGAACCUACGGAUUGCCGGCAUCAGACGACAAUGGUCAGGGCGGCCUGCUGAUCGUGACGAAAUCUGACCUGGACAAGCACAACGAUCAACAUACGAACGCGGCAGUGCAGGACGGACCGGCGGAGAGUUUCAUUGAACCCACUAAGAGCUCCGUCAUCAAGAAUCUGUUAAAUAGCGUGCCAAAAGGUAGCAUCAGCUCGAAGGAUCAAACCGUGGCUGGCCAGGACAGCCUCAAUAACAACCACAACCACGUGGGCUCUCACCCUCCCGCCCAGCAUCCGACUUAUAAUAUACCUGGUCACUAUCCCGCGAACCACAACAAUCCGACGCAUAAUUACGAGCAGAAUUAUCCUGCCGCUCAAGACGGCGCUUACCAACGGCCCGAACUACCGCAGACCACGUCGCAUCAUCACUUCUCAAAUAUAGGCCUGGACCAAACCCUGUCGAUCCAGCCGAACGUGGAGUACCCGCCGCUGCAGCAGAUUCAGUAUCCAAAUCCGCAUAGUUCUCUGCUGGAUCCGCCCAAGCUGCCGCACGACGACGACGGCGGUACGUCGGUAUACGCGAGUCUGUCCGUGGAUACCGAACCGCAAAUCGCGCCCUUGAAAAUAUCCCUCCUGGGCGAUUCAGAUGCCUUCAAUCUGCCCAAGUUGCAGCCACACUUGAACUUUCGCGGGCAACAUCAAUUCACGGACCACCUUCACGGCAGCUUGGGCGGCCCGCUGAAAGUACCGCUUUUGAACCCGAUGCCGUCGACUUACUAUUGGCAGAGCCAAGGAUCAUUGGUACCGACCUCGGCUCUCGGCACGUUGGAACAUUUCCGUAAGAGGAACGUCCAGAGGCGGGCGUUUGCCAAACGACUCGCGCGAUACGCGUCGUUGCAGAGGCUCCAUCGGCUAUAAGGUCGAGUGGUCUACGCGUUCGCGUAUUAUCCACGUCCGGCCAGAUACAGGUACAAAUGGUCAUAUCCUUAUCCUUAUGGACGAUAAGAACU